ACCCCCAUCUUGGCUUUCAUUUUUGCUGCAACUUCCAAGCUCCAGUUGCCUCUCCCCAUCCACCGCCACCUAUGGCCGACGGCAGCCCAAAACCAGCCUGCUGGGCCCAACUCUACCACAGAACCACCUCGGUUGCCGUUAACUCCGACCCCACCACAGACGUCGGGCGGUCCACGAAGCCUCCCCGAAAACGCUCCCGAGCUUCCCGCAGAACCCCCACCACUCUCCUCAACACUGACGCCUCUAACUUCCGCACCAUGGUGCAACAAUUCACCGGCGUCCCGUCCGCUCCUUACAUCCCCGGUGGACCAUCAACCAUCAACCUCGGAUUCGGGUUCGGGCUUGGGCUCGGGCUCGAUAACCCUAUCCAACAAACCACUACCGCUCAGCCGAGUUUCGGCGGGCUUCAUCAGCAGCAGUACUUCAAUAACUUCGCGCCAGCCGACCAGUUCGCCAUGAACUACGAAAACAUAGAUAAUGAGAUCUUUCAAGGGAUGAAUAGCACGAUGAGAUCUUUCACGGGAUGAAUGGCACGAUGUUGGCGGGGCUGCCGCCUGCCGGAGUUGCUUGAUGGGAUCGCCGGCGGAAGCCAGCGGUAAUGGAGUACGGGCAGAGUGAGGGGUGCUUUAUGUGAGGAGCAGGUGGGAGUUUCAGGGAACUAGUUUAGUUACAGUUCUGCAUACAGUUAAUGCGAUUUGUGUCGGCUUACACAGUUUUAUGUUAUGGAAUCUUAUCUUUUUACA